ACAGAAUGUCUCCUAGAAAUCGUUGUGGUGCUUACGGAGAGAGACAUGUCGCCUGAAAAUGAACCUGAUGCGACUGUGAAAGACGACUUUUCUGAUGAAGAAGUUGAUGUGGACGAGCUUGAGAAAAGUAUGUGGAGGGACCGUAUGCUCUUGAAGAAACUGAAAGAACAGAACAAGGGGAAGGAAGAUCGGGUGGUUGACACUGCAAAGCAACGCCAGUCCCAGGAGCAUGCUCGAAGGAAAAAGAUGUCGCGUGCUCAGGAUGGGAUCUUGAAAUAUAUGUUGAAGAUGAUGGAAGUUUGUAAGGCUCAGGGGUUUGUUUAUGGGAUUAUACCUGAAAAGGGGAAGCCUGUAAGUGGUGCAUCCGACAACCUUCGUGCAUGGUGGAAGGAGACCCUACUAGACUUUACCUGAGCAGGUGUAGCCCAU